AUGGCAACAGUUUUUGUUGUCACAGAAUAUUUUAAAAAGAAAAUUAAUUUGAAGACCAAAGGAGGAGAAAACGCCAAAAGUCAUUUGAAGAGCAGUAAUUUGAGUCACUACGCAGGUGUGAUCCACGCUGUCCAAUAUUUACCAGACGUCAUCCAAGUUCUACAGCCGUUUACGUCACCUAAUAAAUCUUACAGUUUAUUGGUUGAUGUUGUAGCAGGUCAAGGUCAUAUGUGGGUCAAAGUCGUUGCUAGGAAGGCUCAAGCCUUACAUCUGGUAUGGGCAGGGAAAGGUCAGUUCGGUGAACGCGAUCUGAUAGAACAAGCAGAUGAAUAUAUCAACUGUAUAGAAAUUCAUCCAAUCAACUUCCUGUCUCCCGAAAUACACUUCCUAUUCUAUAAUAACGUGACCAAUCAGAUGGCAGACGAACUUGAGUCGAAAAAUAUCAAAGUUUUCGGUCAUAGGGUGGACGUCGAAGACGAUAUUAAGCUAAAAUUAAAAUUGAACGAUUUCGAUAAAUCGUGUGAAGAAGAACGCAAACAACUUGUGAUGAACGAGUUUUUAGAAAUUUGCAAAAAUAAAACUGAUUUUUGUGAAUCAAGCGAAAAAAAUUCUCGAACUCAUUUGCCAAAAGAUUCCGCCGAAACGUGCGAAAAACAAACAGAGACUCUUUCAGAGUUGAAGGCUAAAAAAUUACAAAAGUGCGCGGAAACAUUUACGAAAAAUGGUUUAAAUAUAAUGAAGGAAUUAUUAGGGGUUCUUCCCGAUUUAGAAGGGUGUAGUUCAACUGUGGGAGUGAGUUUUUGUGUUUAUGUGCAUCCUGCCAGAGCUUUGACAGAAAUGAAAGAAAAAACAGCUCAGAAAUCAGUUGACAUCUUUUGA